GUUCAGCAGUAGAUCUGAUUAUAAGCGCAGCAGCGUGAGGGUGCAGUUAGUAUACAGGCCUUUUGUUGCAGAAAACGACUAAAAACUGGAUUAUCACGAACUGUAACAGUGAACGGGUAUAGAGUCUGCUGACAUCACUGCUGAAUCUGAGCGGAGCUACUGCCCUGCAGUUCAGUCACCCAGCCGAACUCAAACGCCCAUCUCAGUCCAUUUAAAAUGGUGCAAAACAAAAACACAGAUGUCAUGGGAUACCACUGCUCCUACAAGGGUGAAAACAGUUAUGAGAAAGAUCGAUUCGCCAGAAGAGAAUCUCAUCCUCUGGAACUACCGUUUGAUCUGGAUCACCACCAGAGACCCGACAUGCCGUCCAGCAAACCCAUCGACAUCCCAGACGCCAAGAAGAGGAACAAGAAGAAGAAACGAUGCAGAGCCACAGACAGCUUCACCGGACGCUUUGAAGAUGUCUACAGGCUGCAGGAUGAGGUGCUGGGAGAGGGAGCGUAUGCAGUUGUGCAGACCUGCAUCAAUCUGAUCACUCAUAAAGAAUAUGCAGUAAAGAUCAUUGAGAAGAGGCCAGGCCACAGCCGGAGCAGAGUCUUCAGGGAGGUGGAGAUGCUGUAUCAGUGUCAGGGGCACAGGAAUAUUCUGGAUCUGGUGGAAUUCUUUGAAGAGGAGGAGAAGUUCUACUUGGUGUUUGAAAAGCUGAGAGGAGGAUCAGUGUUGGCUCACAUCCACAGAAGACAGCACUUUAGUGAACAGGAAGCCAGCAUUGUGGUGCAGGAAAUCGCCAGUGCUCUGGACUUCCUGCACAGCAAAGGAAUGGCACAUCGGGACCUGAAGCCUGAGAACAUCCUCUGUGAGCACAGUGACAGGAUUUCUCCAGUAAAGAUCUGUGAUUUUGACCUGGGCAGUGGAAUCAAGCUGAACAGUGACAGCUCCCCCAUCUCCACUCCUGAACUACUGACUCCGUGUGGCUCAGCAGAGUACAUGGCUCCGGAGGUGGUGGAGGCCUUCAGUGAAGAAGCCAGCAUCUACGACAAGCGCUGUGACCUGUGGAGCCUCGGGGUCAUCCUGUACAUCCUGCUCAGUGGAUACCCUCCGUUUGUGGGCCGCUGCGGGACGGACUGUGGCUGGGACUGGGGAGAACCCUGUCACGCCUGCCAGAACAUGCUGUUUGAGAGCAUUCAUGAGGGAAAGUAUGAGUUUCCAGAGAAAGACUGGGCGCACAUCUCCCCCGCCGCCAAAGACCUCAUCUCCAAGCUGCUGGUGCGGGACGCCAAAAGCCGCCUCAGUGCAGCGCAGGUGCUGCAGCACCCGUGGGUGCGAGGGUGUGCUCCAAACACUGUGACCACAUCUAUACUAAACCAGAGGGGUGGUAGUGCUCAGGACCUGACGGUGUUUGCGGGCCGGGCGGUGGCGAUGAACAGGCAGCUGGCGGAGCAGGACGAGAGUGCGGAGCAGCUCCAGCAGCUGCACUUUGAGGAGGAAGAGGAUGAGGACGGCUUUUCUUCCUCUUCACUGCUCCUCCACGCCAGCCUCUCUCCCCUCACCCGCUCCCGCCUCGCACAGCGCCGCCGCACCAGCAGCCAGAACCGCGGCCCGGUGUGCGCGUCCGAACUCUGCCAGCUACUCUCCCCGCUGGUGGUGGUGGGAGACUGCGCAUGAACCUGCACACGCGCAUACACGCGAAUACUCACGCGCAUAGACACUUACGCAUGCGUAUACGGUGAAGAAAAGGCAAUGCAUUGAAUAUACUUGAUUUAAAUGUGUAUAUUACACAUUACAUCAGCACAAAAUAUCACCAAAGCUAUGAAAUAUUUAUUAAUACAGUAAAACAUAAGUCUAUUACCUUAAAUUAAACUAUAUUAAUAAGACUGACAUUCCAAAAUAAUGUUUAAUUCACUUAAUAUGAAUUUUAUGUACAAUUUAUUAAUAUUAUAUAAAUAAUUAUUUAUUAUAGUUGCAUAAUAAAUGUAAUAAAUGUUCAUUUCACUACAGCAACAACACAAAUCUCUCAAACUACUUCCAAACUAAUCUUCAUAUUAUGUUAAGUUAGUGUUAUGUUAAUUUGCUAUGAUUAAUUUGUAAUGUAAUUAUAUUUUAUCACAUAAAAAAAAAAAGUUAAUGUUUUGAUGCAUCAAUAUUUUCUUGAUUUAUUUAAAAAUGAUUGUACACAUUUAAAUCAAGCAAGUUCAGUGCGCCUCUCUGUUCAGUGCAGCAGCAUAUCUCGGAGUUUCUCCUACAGUAGAUCUUACUGGACCUCCAGAUGGACGCUGUGCUAAAUUCACAACCGUUUGGGAGCAGUUCUGCUGGAGGGGUCUGGAUGUCCUGCUGUAGCACUUACCAAGAAAAAAAAACGCAUUAAAACCUCAGAUCUCCCGGAAGUUCCGUGUUUUUGAAGGGAGUUCUUGAGAAGCGACUGUCUUUAAUGAUCGCAGGAUUGGUUCUUCUGGACUUUGGGAAUCGAUUUACAGGCAAAAAAAACUGAAGAACUGAGAAAAACCAAAGGGACUCCUGUAGUGCUGCUUGCUGGUGCAGUCAGCUGACCCCACUGCAGCGUUUCAGGUGGAUGUUCAGUUCAGCAGGAUUAAUAACCUCAUGAUUUUUGCCUUGCUGGACUCGCUGGGAUGAGCGCUGUUGUGUUUAUGCAACCUCUGACUGAUACAGAUACCAGGUUUGUCUGUUAUUUAGAACAGGGUCUGUCUGACCACAGUGUUGGUUUGUUCACUGCACACUGUUAAAUGCUUUAAGUUUCUUAAGGAACUUUUAGGGGUUCUUCAGUUUGAAACUUUGGAACCCCUUAUGCUGCUUUGAGGAAUAUAUUUUUCUUCUAAAAUUCUGUUUGUAAAGAUUCUUUUAGGGUUUUUUUAGUGUAAAACUGUAGCAGAACCCACUAAGGUGCUUUGGAGAAUCUUCAGGACAAAGGAUUUUAAGAGGAAAAUGGUUCCUGAAAGUUCUUCCAAGCAUAUUAAAAAUGUUCCUCAAAGCAUCAUAAGAGGUACCACAAAAAGUUAGUUGUUUAUGCAAUAUUUUGUACAAUUUUGAAGUACAAAAGGCUCAAAUUCUGGUUUUAAGCUCUUUAAUUCAGUCUGCUUUCAGAGACCCACAACAGAAGCCAGUAUUCAGGUUCUCUACUUGCAGUUCCCUGAUGGAUUCAAGGGUGUUCAGAUUGAAGCUCAUUCUCAGAUGUGCUGAAGGCUAAGAACAAGUAAGAGACUCUUGUUGGACACCAGUUUCCCACAAACCACUGACUGGCUUCAGAAUCACUAUGUGAACCAGUUAAAUGAUCACUUCAGAACAGUGCGGUCAAAGUUUAUGUGGAGUUUAAAAGAAAAAAUAUCCCUAAAAAAAAAAAACAAGUAUUAAUUUGUUUGUUUUUACUGUUGUUAAAAGUAGUCAGUCAGCUAAGACAGUUGUUUAGUGUGAGAGGUUUGUCUCUACUUUUAACAGCCUUAACAGACAUCCACAUUUUCAGUUGUUAAACUGGAUAAAUUCAUUUUUUUUUCUUUUACAAUAAUAACUACAGUAUAUUAGUCAUCAUAUAACUUUCAGUCCUAAAAUGGAGACCUGUGGGACUACACAAUACUAAACUAAUACUUACCAAUAGUGUGUGGGUUUGGAAUAUUGGCUCUAUCACUAGAGUUAAACCAAGAGGUUAAACCAAGAACCGCAAGUGUUGAAAGUUUAAGUAUUGAAUAAUUUCACAGACUGGCUCCGUAAAAAGUAUUCCACUGUAAGCAAACUUCAAACUCCAGACAGACUUCAGUCUGAAUGGCAAAUGUUUCCAACAUAUUAUAAUACAGUAAUACUUAAUAUUGAAUCCAGUUUAUCCAGAUCACUACUUUUAAAAACAGUCAAACUCUUCAAAUGCACAGAAAUACAGUGUUUGCUUUGUUCUCCAGUGUUUAAACAAUGAUCUGAGCGUGUUGAGAGUUUGAGUAUUAAAUUAUUGAGCAGACCGUCUCAGGGAGGAUAUUGGCUCUUUACUUUUAGACUCAAAGCUAAAGAUCUAACCAAGCAAACUUCAAACUCAACCCAGACUUUAAUCAGAACUGCAAAUGUUUUCAGGUUUAAACACAAAUACACUUAAUUUUAUUCAGUUUAACAUCAAAUUAUUUAUUUACAAAAGUCUAAAACUAUUUAAGGCUUGUAAAAAUACAGGAGAACAAUAUUAAUGCUGGGUUUAAACUAAGAACUGCAAAUAAUUAAAGUUGUUUUAUUGAAUUAUUUGCCUGAACAGCCGAUGUUUCCAGCGUAUUAUAAUACAGUAAUGUUAAAUCCAGUUUAUCCAGAUCACUACUUUUAAACAGUCGAAAACUCUCUUCAAAUGCACAGAAACGCAGUGUCAGUUCUUUGUUUAAACACUAGAGAACCAUGCUGAGAGUUUGAGUAUUGAAUUAUUGAGCAGGCUGUCUCAGUGAGGGUAUUGGCUCUUUACUUUUAGACUCAAAGCUAAAGAUCUAACCAAGCAAUCCUUAAACUCGACACAGACUUCAGUCUAAAAAGCAGAUCUUUCCAACAUUCUAAUACAAUAACUCAAUAUUUUUUCAAGUUUAUGUUGGUGACUAGUUUUAAAACCAGUCUAAAACACCGUGUUCAGACAAAGAACUGUAUUGACAAAGAAGAGUAUUGAGAGUUUGAGUAUUGAGUUAUUUGGCAGACUGGCUCAGUGAGGACAUAUUGGUCUAUAGGUAUGUGUGCUACUCUUUACUUUUACACUCAAAGCUAAAGAGCUAAUGAUCCAACCAGACAAUAUUCAAACUCGACACAGACUUCAGUCUGAACUGCAAAUGUUUCCAGCGUAUUAUAAUACAGUAAUUUAAUAUUAAUCCAGUUUAAUGUUGGUCACUCCUUCUAAAAACUCAUUGAAGACUCAUUGAGGGUAUAUUAGAUUGUGUAUGUGAUGUAAACCUGGAAGUCUUAUCUCUCAGCUGUAAAGCAGAUGUUACAGAAACACACAGGAGAACAGGGUUAAUGCUGUGAUUAAACCAAGACCUGCAAGAACUGUGAAUUGGCUCUGAUUCCUCGAAGCUCAACACUAAAGAAAGAAGAGUAAAGAUGAAUGUAAUGUACUGAAUGGGAGAUAAACCGUGUUACUGCAGUACAGUGUAGACCUUUAAACCCUGUAGGCUCUUCUUCAGUCUUGUUUAAAGUGUUUGAGGACAGUUCUGAGGGAAAGUGGGUUCUAAAGCCAAAGCUCAGCUUUAUUAAACUGCCUGUGUUCAGCGUAGGGGGCGCUGUUUUCCACGCUGCUGCUUGUUGUUAUUAUUAGAGUGUUAAAAUUUGAUUUCUUUUAUUAUUUGUUUUUAAAUGGUUCUCUGUGUUGAGCUGAUGAACGUGAAAGAAUGUAAGGUUAUCUUUUUUUUUCUUUUUUUUUUACUAUUUAUUUUUUAAUCAGAACGAUGCUUUACGUUCUCACGUUUCAGAUGUUUGGAUGUUUUAAGCAGUGUUUGAUGCAUCAUUUUGCAUUUCUCUCAUUAUGAAUGAAAGUGUGAGAUCGUGAAUGUGAGCGCGAGAGCGCUGGCCUGUGUGAAAGUGAUCCCAGCUUGACUGGUGGAGAGUCGCAGAACCGGACGCUCUGAUUGGACGAUAUGAAUUUGCCACAGUCUUUCAGCAGAUGUUUGGAUUGUCGUUGUCUUACAGUAAGACUCUGUUAACUGUGCAGAAAUGUUCUCCUCACAGCUUUCCUGAGGAACUGCUAGUUUUUUGUAUUUUAUUGUAUUUUUUAAUUUAUUAUUUUUUGUUUUGAAGAAUUUGAUUCAUGCUCUUUUAAACACCUUGGUAGCCACACCCAUUUUUAGGGACCAUUUUUUGUAUCUCCCUGUAUUUUUUUUUUUUAUAUAUAUAUUUUUUGGAGUUGUGAGCCCCCAAAUAAAGAGCAUAAACAAUUAUAAAAUUCA